CAGAUAAUAGUUCAAUUGUGCAAAGUGAUUCUAUUUCAAGCCAGGAGACUUCUAGUAGUGAUGUUCAUAUUAAUAACAAAAAGCGUUCAUCAGCAAAAAGAUCAUCAGAAACUACACACUUACACUGGCAUUUAAGUACUUGUAAUAAAUAUAAAAUAGCAACUGGAUUACCUACUUCAGCAAAUACACAACAUGAUCCAGACAAUAAUAUGCAAUAUACUUUUAAUCAGAUUAAAAAUUGGGUUUAUUCUGAAGAAAAAAGCAGAAACAAUUUAGUUAAUAUGGUUAUUAGAGAUGAAUUAAGUUUUCAAUUAGUAGAACAUACUGGAUUUUUAAACUUUAUUUCAGAAUUAUGA